CGAGGUUCGGGACCGUGUGAAGCAUCAUUCGAUGAUGUCAAGGAGUUUGGACAGGAAGUAGUAGGAGCGAGGUUUUAAGUGGAAGUAAUGAGGUUGGUUUAAUUCCAGAGGUCGGUUACUUGAGAGCUCGGCUGGUUCUCCCCUAGUUGCUCCUUAAGCCAGUCCUCGUCCGCGAUGAGGGAUAGGCAAGGGGAGGGGCAAGGUGAACACCCGAUCGGUUCGUUAGGGACUGGAUUACGGAUUUCGUCCGGAUAGGUGGUCGGAGAUUUCGGAAUCGGAUCAAUAGUCGUUAAGCCCCCCACAGACUGACGAGCAUGUUCGCGAGCAUGCUGGCGUACAUGCUCGCGAACAUGCUCGGCGUUGCCCACACACGACCGGACAUGCUCGCGAACAUGCUCGCCGUCGCCGCUCAGUACUGUUGCUUCUCUACGGUGUGAUAGUCAAGUUUUGCAGUGCGGGUGCGAAAUGGAUGCAAACGCUGUGGUGGCCCUUUGUGGGGGUUUCGUUUGUUUGGAGGAGAAAAAACGCAAGGUACGUAAAAUAUGGUGCAAGAAUUGGCUUAAAAAUAGGAACCAGUUUAGCCACAUGUCACUGUUGCAAGAAUUAGCAUCAAAUGAACCAAAUGAUUAUAAAAAUUACCUGAGGAUGACUGAAGAUUGUUUCGAAGACAUUCUUAGACGUAUUUCUCCAGAUAUUGUGAAACAGAAUAGUAUUUUGAGGGAGCCGAUCAGCUGUAAAGAGCGCCUUGCAGCGACACUUCAGUUUUUAGCAAGUGGCAGAACCUAUGAAAACCUAAAGUUUAGCUGCGCCAUUUCGCCUCAGUCGCUGGGAAAAAUCAUACCAGAAACCUGCACUGCAAUUUAUAAUGCUCUACGUGAGGAAUACCUGCACUUGCCUGAGAAUGAAAGCGACUGGAUGAAUAUUGCUACAGAUUUUAAAAAAUACUGGCAAGUAGAAAACUGCGUGGGGGCUCUUGAUGGAAAGCAUAUUGCCAUCCUUCAACCUCCUGGAAGUGGUUAAAUCGCCGCUAAUGUUAUACAUUCUAAAAUAAACAACAGAUGGGCGUAAUGUAUAUGUUGUAGCCAAGGGUAACCCAAUGCAUUACCUCUUUAAUGGUCCACUGUAAAUAAUUGAAAUGGAAAAUAAUGACGAUGUGCUUUGCUUUUAAUAUGUGUUUAACUAUAAAUAUAUGCACAUUUUACUACAGUUGGUUGUACUUUCUUGGUAAGUAUAUGUUUCAGUUUUUGUUUGUAAAAUUAUUUGAGUCAAAUCUGACAUUGUUAAUAAAAUAAUAAAGUAGUUCAAAUGUUACUUUAUGAAUUUAAUUGCCCUACACUACAACUUAAACUAAACUAAACUACAACUUACGUUUUCGUCCGUCAUCUCAGUGUUAUCUUCUGAAUCUUCGGGCGGGGCAACUAUCUUUUGCAGCGAAGAUAAACCUUUCCUCGCCGUUUCCACAUCUGUUGUAAACAUAAGUAACUCGAAAUACCACAAUGAUGGUUCAUACACUUCGUCAAGUCCCUUCCCUGUGCUUUUCGAGGCAUUUAAUUUUUUUAGUUCUCGUCGAAACGACGCACGCAAAGAGUCAAUUUUCGCUUUGACGAACUUCUCAUCAGCUUUCACAAAUACUUCCUUACAUUUAUCUAUUAACACGUCAAAACUUUCCUUUCGUAAAUGUUUGUUACAAUAAUUUGGACUUUUCACGUCCCACAAACACCGCUGUUCCCUAUACAGUUCUAUAAAUUCAGUCCAAAAUGGUUUGUUAUCGCUGAACGACAUAUUGUCAACUAGACAAAUAAAAAAUCACCAAUACUGCACUAUAACCGCACAAGCUACACUUCGCCACCACUUCCUCAACAAGAACAAUAGCCUACAGCACACUGACCUCUUUCUCCCGCCCUCCGACGCUCCGACUGACAAACAUCAGUGUUGCCAACCGAAAUAACAACAAUUCCCACCAACAAUUCCCACUGACCACAUUACACCGAGACUUCCAGCUGAGGGUGACCGGCGAGCAUGCUCGCGAACAUGUUGGUCGUCACCACAGACGGCCGAGCCCAACAUGCUCGCCGGUUGGAAUGCUCGUCGACCCCACACACGGGCGAGCAUGUUCGCCGCCAACA